UCAAAAUAUCAUAGUUACAAAUUUGAUCGAACUCAAUAAUGCUAUCGGUUCAUAUUUUGAAUUUAAAAAGAAUUCUGAUCAAGAAAUUUGGAAACUCAUGAUGAGGAGAAUUGAUGAAUUAAACAAUAA